AUGCCUAAACAACCAUCUACACCAAAGGCUAGCAAAUCAAAGACCUCGGCUACACCAAGCAAAGAGGUCAAACAAAAGGAAAAGGAAGUGAUAGUCAACAAUAUCACCAUUACCUCUGAAGAUAAAGACACAAUGACAGACGACAACAACAAUGAUAACAAUGAGCUGAGUGGAAGGGCUGCAAAGGAUGCAGAGAAACUGAAGAAUAUUGAAGCUAUUAAGAAUGCAUUGAAAGAUACAGACAAUACACUACUGCUAAAGGCAUUACAGACCAAACAUCAUAUCAUCACCAACACUGUCAAGAACCUAUCAUCACCAUUCGCAUAUCAUCUACUCACAAAGAUCAUUGAAGACUUUGCUCAAGAUGCUCUCAAGUCACAUAUAAUUACACCAUGGAUCAAUAUGAUUAUCAAGGAUCAUUCUACAUAUCUGUUGGCAGUGCCCAACCUUUGGUCAAAGCUUAACCGUUUGGCACCUGUUGUCGAUGAUAUGUGGAAACUGGGAGAAUCACUGACAAAGUUGGUGGGCAAGUUUGAGUUGCUCGAGAGCCACGGAAAUGACAACAAAAAGAGCAGUGCUGGACAGCGCCCCGUCGAGUACGACCCUGCCCUGGUCUUUGAAGACAACAGCGAUGAUGAGUUCAACCCAGAGGGCAACGACGACGAGGAGGAGGACGGAGAGGAUAUGGACGAUGUCAGUUUGGAUCACGACAGCGACAAUGAUGGAGAGGAGGGCGACGACGACGAUGAUAUCGAGAACAUGAUGGACGAUGAUAUUCUAUAA